UUCUCCUCAGAUUGGCCUGCAGUGUUCCACCAGACAGAGCAGAAAGCCAUUUACUACAGAAAAGACAACUGGCACCAUGGUUCAACCAGCAAAUCUUGUAAGAGUUCAAGCUAUUCUUAAUGAAGAAGAAAUUUCUCCAGAAAGGGAAAACAGUGAAGUGGUGAGUCCCAUUCCCACACAUGGCAGCAACUCUGAUGCUUCUCACCUGGAGCCUGGACCUUCUUUGAGACGUUCAUUGAGAAUAAGUGCUAAGAAUAUCGGAAAUAAAACUGAACCAUUGGCCACAAUGAAGAGUACACAACUACUUAACACUCAACAAAGGUCACUGAAGGAGAAUCCAAAGACUAAAGAGUACAAUGAAGGGUUUAAUGCACCUACACAUGAAAACCAGACAUUACUCACUAAACCCCUCGUCAGUCCAGGUUUCCAUGGCAAAGGCAUUAUAAAACGAAAGACAGGGACAUCCCUAUCACUCAAAAGCAUUCACAAGCGGAAUCGAUUUGGAGAGACAAAGCUGCAUUUUGCUGUGAUGCGGGAAAACAUUCAAGACGUCAAAGACUUACUCACAGUUGAUGAUUGUGACGUGAACGUAACGGAUUAUGCAGGUUGGACUCCACUUCAUGAGGCAGUGUACAGAAACAACUAUGACUUGACAGAAAUUUUACUUGAAGCUGGAGCCCUAGUCAACUGCAGAGGAGAUAAUGGAAUUACACCUUUACAUGAUGCAAUACACUUUCAGUAUUACAAGAUAGUAGAUCUACUUCUGAAGAAUGGUGCUAAUCUAUUAUCAAAGUGUGACAGAGGGAAGACUCCUAUGGACAUGACCACAGACAGAUCUUUGGACAUACUGUUGGAGAAAUACCUGCAAAAGCCUAAAAUAAACACUUGUACAGCUGAAAAUCCACCCAUAGCCACUAAUUUGCCAUUGAAUCCAAAUAUGAGCAAAAUAAUCAACCAGAACUCCGUCACAAACACAAGAGCUCCUCUUCAGAAAUCUGCUGUCGAAGGAACUGCUGAUACAAGUGAGCAUGAAAGCAGCCUGCAGUCUUGUGAAGCUGAACCCAUUCCUGGUCCAAGCAGAGAACAACCAAACUGUGAUCCAUCCAAGAUGUUUAAGGCCCCUUUCAAAGGGGAGGCUGGUGAAACUCUGAUGAAUGAUGCCAAUUCAGUAGCUGAGGAGCCAAGCUCAAGUUCUAUCCAUGACCACAGCUAUUCAAUGACUGAAAAUGGAAAUCCAAGUCAGAGCACAAUUGGAGAUUCAUAUAAUGUGUGCUCUGCUAAAGCCAUGUCAUCAGGAAAGAGGGUAUUGAAAGGUUGUCUUGACUCUGCCAUGGCUAAGAAACGGAUCAAAAGAACAACAUAUAACAAUCAAAUACAAAAUGAGUUUUUGGAGUACUUGCUCAACUUUGACCCGAAAGAUGUUUUUGAAAUUGUAAAGGAUGUUGAUCGCCCCUCACUUCAACAGAAUGAAUAUGCAAGCAAAGAUGAGCAGUCAGCUCUUGAUGUUUACCAAAAGGUUCCAUCUGAAACAGUGUUUAUUACUUACAUCAACAAUGAAAGCAGUCAAGAAUGUAGCAUUUCUUUGCUGUCCCCUCAUUUAAAUGAACUAAUUGACUCAUGUUUACAAGGUAAAUUCAAGGAGGACACUAAUGUACAGUCAUCAGGAGCAAUAGUGGAAUCACCAUUACAGAGUGAGGAACUGUUUGACUCGAGCAGCUCUGCUUCACUGCCUCUGCUAAUGGGCAAAAUCCAUAAUCAAGGAUUAACCUGCAGUCCAGAGUUUUCAGAAAUAAAUGAACCAUUAGAGGAAUUUGACACAACCAACAAACAACUGGCAGAUACUAAAACAUCAAAAGGACCAUGUGCGCAAUCAACCAGUCCUGCCAUUGAGUCCAUUUAUGUGGAUAGGACAUCUGGCUGGUCAAAAAACUAUGUAAACACACCACAUAAUGACUUGACGCAAAUCAGCCUUCAAGAACUGCAUUCUUCUAAUAGACUGUUCCUAGAGAAGCCUCUAAAUCAGAAUGAAGAAACAGACGUGGUCACUGUUCAAAACCAGCAGGGGGUGGUAGAGAUAACGGAGACAGCACUUAGCACCAGCCAAACUCAAAUGAGUAAGAGGAGCUACACUGAAAAUCCUGCCAUGGAAUGUGACACAUUGAUUUUAAAUCCGAUAGAUCUCAUCGUUGGACCCAAAGCAGAACCACAUUUAUCCUGCAGAUGGGCAGUUAAUGAGCUAGAGAUUGAAGCCAAUGCAUGUGCUGUUUUACCAUUUCUUUCCUGUGCCAGAGUAGAUGUUGAACAUCCUGAAAAUUCUCACAGGGCUGAUUUUAUUGUUGAGAGUGAUCCAUUAAAAAAUUCAGUUGAUUCAGACUGCACUGUUGUGGAAUGGUCCAACGCUACUGACAUUCAGGAUGUGGCCAUCACAUCAGUUCAGCCUGAAGUCUCUGGUUGUGAAGAGACGCAUAGUGAAAAGGAAGCAGAGAACAUGGAUGGUACACCAGACACAGUGGCCUCAGUGAGUGUUUUAAGUUCGCUUCUUCCUGAAAAUUUGUGCGCACAUCCAUCACUGGAUAACACUGAAGAAAAAGCACAUUUAAAACAGGAUCCACACAUAGCUUUUGAAAUCAAGGGGCUUUUCAACACAGGUGAACAAACAAGACGGAAAAAGACGUCCAAAUGGCAAAAAAAAAGACGGUCUAGAAAAAAAACGAAUGCAUUGAAAACAGUAUCAAAGAAGGUCAAGCAGAUUUCCCUUAAUAUUCUCCAAAAGAGAAAUGGUUUAGGAGAGACUCGUCUUCACCGAGCAUGCAUAAGUGGAAACCUGCAACUGGUCAAAGACUUGAUAGAAGCUGGGAUAAAUGUUAACAUAACAGAUAAUGCAGGAUGGACCGCACUUCAUGAGGCCUGUUCUAGAGGUUUUGUAGAUGUGGUGGAGCAGCUCUUGGAAGCAGGUGCUGAUGUCACCAGCAGAGGGCUAGAUGGAUGUAACCCACUGCAUGAUGCUGUUCGAUCAGGCACAUAUGAGAUCGUGAUGCUUCUCCUUCAGUUUGGCUCAAGCCCUCAUGACAAGAAUAUGCUGGGACAGAGUGCAGUAGACCUCGCAGAACAUGAAAGCGUCAAAGAGCUGCUUUUGACAUUUAAAGGGCCUUUUCGUAAACCUGCCCGGACAACUGGCACUUCCAAACAAGGACCUCAGCUUUUGGCUGUAGAGCAGCCAGGUGAAAGUCUCUGCAUAGAAGAAGCAGUCGAGCAACAUGAGAGGACAUCAUCAACUUAUCAGUGUUUACAGUCAGCAGGAGCAAAGAUUGAUUUUAGUGGCAAUAGGACGUUGAGCUGCCUUUUAAGAGAUGGAAUCAUUCGACAUGGGGAGGAUAAUUUAGAAAUUACACUUAAGGGUUGUAGCCAUAAGGCCUCUCUUUUGGAAAAUGGGUCAAUCAGAGACGCUAGUGGGAGAGUCUUCCUACUUCCAGAACAAUGGGUUGAAUCAGUCCCGGAGAGUCAAUCCAUAGUUCCUGUUACCUCAGAUUUUGCCUGGAAAAGGGUUAUGUAUCAAUCGAAGUCACUGUGGAAUUACAUUUCAAGUGAUUUGAAUAGUGAAAAAACACCCAAGAGAUCAGUAGAGCCGCAGUGUUGCAACAACACCAGUAAACCAGAACCUGCUGUAAAAGAACCAUCCAGAAAUGACGUUGGCCUAUUCAUGAACAUCAGAUCGAUUAAUUUGGUCAGCGAUGAGGAGUUUUUUCCAAGCCAUAUGACGAACAGAUACUGGGACUUAGCACUGAGUGGGGAGUGGAGCUUUGAUACUUAGUUGCUUGUGUAGCAGAGAACACAGUGUUAUAUAGAAAGUUUGUUUCAAACGUUUAUAAUGUGUAAAAGUGUUCUUUUUCACUGUUGAAUAUGUGUGUGAAACGUCUUUGUACACCGACCAGUUUCAAUGAUAAGCUGAUGAUCUUUAUAAUUAAAUAAAAAUACACAAUAAGCUACCAUUUCACUUUGUUAUGUAGCC